GGAGGACUGACAAUGGCGUAACUAUAGGUUAAUAGAGAGAAUACAAAUACAAAUUGGGAGAGACCCCAAACCAGGGGGUGGGCAGGGAAAGGAACGGAUGCCAGCAGAUUAUUAUGGAAGAAAAGCCACAGAAGUCUCAGGUAUAAUACAGGAGCAGAGAUUGUCCUGCAGCUUCCAGACAUCUGUUUCUGGACUUCUCAGAAGAUGUUCCUUCUGCUGCUCUUCUGCUCUCUGAUUUGGAAAGUAUUCGCACAGGCUGCAGCCCCGUACUAUAUACUGUUGGCGCCCGCGGAGGUUCAUUAUCCCUCUACUGAGAGAGCAUGUGUCCAUGUCAGUGGAGCACGAGAGAAUCUGACUCUUACAACUACCCUACAGACAGAGGGACGAGACACAACCCUGUACCAACAUCACCUAACAGAGGCCACUCAGAUACAAUGUUUCUCCUUUCAGACUCCUCCACCAGCAGGCGGCACGGAGGAAGUGGCCACUAUUCAUAUAUCAUUGAUGGGAAAAACCACAGAAAUAACUGAGAGUAAGCAAAUCUUAAUCCGCAGUGUUGCUGUGUCCACCAUCAUUCAAACCAGUCAACCCAUUUACAAGCCAGGUCAAACAGUGAAAUUUGGAAUCCUAAGCUUUGACAGGGAAUUCCGCGCUGUAAAUGACAAGUGUCCAUUUGUCGAGCUAAAGGAUCCUAAUGGGAACCAGAUUGGGCAGUGGUCAAAUCUUACCCCACAUCAAGGCUUCAUAGACCUGUCCUUCUCUCUGGCCCCAGAGGCAGCUCAAGGAACAUACAGUAUCCAUACGCCCAAUGGUCAUCAGAAAUUCCAUGUGUUGGAGUUCACGAUACCUAAAUUUGAAGUCUUUGUCCUGCUUCCUUCCGUGGUGACCCUUCUGGAUAAGGCGUUCCAGUUGAAGGUGUGCGGCAGGCACACCUUCGGGAAACCCGUUCAGGGUAAUAUUAGCGUCAGGCUUUGCCGCCGUGUGGUGAAAUAUUACUGGGGCCCUUACCCACGCCCACAAGAUAUAUGCACUGUAUACAAUGGGCAGACUGAAAAAAAUGGCUGCAGGACAUGGGAGAUACUUACAGAUUCCUUCCAGCUACGUUCCUACAACUACCAGGCUAACUUCGAAGCCUCGGCUUUUCUUGUAGGACGUGAAACAGGGGUUCAAAUCAAUGGUACUGGGAGCUGCCGUAUAUCAGCUAUGAUUGCCAAGGUGACCAUCGAUGGCUCAGAAAUAUCGGAAUCUUAUUACAAGACUGGCCUCCGAUACAGGGGAACGAUGAGAUUAGAAGGUGCGGACGGAAAACCUAUGAAAUCCAAGACUCUGUAUCUCGUAGAAGAGUAUGACUCGGAGUCCAGGGAAAGGCCGUAUGAAACAGAUGAAUCUGGCCAGGCUCCAUUUACAUUGGAUACAAGGCUCUGGAACGGAAACACAGUCUGGCUGUCGGCCAGAUACCAGAAAGAAAAUAUGGAAUUUGUCUAUGGGGAGCUGAAUCCUUAUUACCAAGAUGCCCAUCAGACCUUGCAGCCAUUUUCUGCCAUUACUAACAGCUUCCUAAAGGUCCAACCAGUGGAUCAUACUCUGUUGUGCGACCAGCAGUACCCAAUAGAGAUUGACUAUCUGAUCCGUGGGAGCGAGCUUGGUAGAGAACAGAACUCCUUGGAACUACACUAUGUGGUCAUGGCCAAAGGGGAACUGGCAUUAAAUGGCAAGCUGGAGCUAAAUGUCAGCAGAGACUCAGUUUUGACAGGCACUAUAGAGCUCCCUCUCCUGGUGACAGCUGACAUCGCUCCAAAGGCACAAAUUCUGGUUUAUGCAAUACUUGCCAACGGCUGGGUAGCAGGCGAUACCGAGGAGUUCAGAGUCGACAAGUGCUUUAAAAACAAGGUGACUGCUGGCUUCUCCGACUAUGAAAAGACCCCUGGAUCAAAUGUGUCCCUUCAUCUACAAGCAUCCCCGGGGUCUCUGUGUUCCCUGAGAGUGGUUGAUGAGGGCAUCAUUUCUCUCCGACCUGAAGCUGAGCUCUCUAGUGAUUUGUUGUACAGUUUCGUCUCAGUGAGAAAUCAGUAUGGGUAUCCAUAUCGAGUGCGGGAGGAUGACCCCAUCUGUUGGAGUCCAAGCCCACGGUUCUCCAAGCGCUCACUGAAUGGCCAUGAGCGCCAGAAACGGCACAUCAACUGGAGGACUCCAAGGUCUCUUGAUAUGUUUAAACUUAUCAAGAGAAUGGGAUUAAAGAUUCUCACAAACACCAUAGUGAAGAAGCCGAAAGAAUGUCAUGUCUACCCACCAGUUGCUGCCUUGUCACGUUAUGAUUUAUCUGUUGAUCUAUUUAACCCUCCACCAUCACCUCCUGUUAUGGUCGAUGACUUAGUGGAUAUUUUGGGCCAAUCAAGCCCGACCCUUACUGAAGUCAAGGAAAAAAUACGAAAAGACUUUCCGGAAACAUGGAUCUGGCAUUUUAUACCACUUGGGAACUCGGGGCAAGCCAGUAUGGAGCUGAAGGUGCCAGACACGAUUACCGAGUGGAAAGCUAAGAUGCUAUGCAUGGGGGAUACAGGCCUGGGUCUCUCACCCACAGCCACCCUAAGAGCCUUCCAGCCGUUUUUCAUAUAUAUGACUCUCCCAUACUCUGUGGUCAGGGGGGAGUCAUUCCCCGUUAAAGCCUCGGUCUUUAAUUUUAUGAAUAGGACUCUAAUGGUAACUUCCACACUUAAAGAGUCUCCCAAACUGAAGCUGACAGGGUGCCCGGCCUGCCUCUAUACACAGUGUGUGGCUCCUGGGGAAACCAAAGUCUUUGUCUGGGAAGCGACAGCUCUGGGACUGGGCUCAGCGCAGGUUGAGGUCAGGGCGGAAGCCAUCCCCACGGGAGAGUUAUGUGGGGGAGAGGUACCAACUGUGCCUGAAGAUGGCGCUCUUGAUAUUCUGAUUAGACCACUGGAAAUUAAGCCAGAAGGGAUGCCCGUUGAGAAAUGCCAGAAUUUCCUGCUCUGCGCUGAAGAGAAUCUCUCCUCCCAAGCGGUUUCCAUCAGCCUGCCCCCAGAUAUGGUGCCGGACUCUGCUAGAGCCGAGAUUUCUAUUGUGGGGGACUUGAUGGGAAAACCUCUAGAGAAUGUAGAGAACCUUCUUGAUCUUCCAACUGGCUGUGGAGAACAGAACAUGGCGAAAUUUGCUUCAAACCUAUAUGUAUUGAGAUACCUUGAAAAUACGAAUCAGCUAACGGACACUGUGAGAGUAAGAGGGGAGGUCUACCAGGCGCAUGGGUACCAGCAGGAGCUCAAUUACAAGAGAUUGGAUGGCUCAUUCAGUGCCUUUGGGGAGAAAGACGAAGAGGGGAACACGUGGCUGACAGCAUUUGUCAUGCAGAUCUUUUAUGCAGUCUCCCAUUUCAUCUCUGUGGACGAGAAGCACUUGUAUGAGGCUAUAGCCUGGCUGAAGAGCAAUCAACUGCCCAGCGGCUGCUUCAUACGCAGAGGGACGCUCUUCAAGUCUUCUUUGCAGGGGGGUGUGAAUGAUGAAACCACACUGACUGCAUAUGUGGCUGCCGCUAUAUUACAGAUAAAGUGGACUGAGGAGGAUGAAAUGUUGCAGAAAGCACUGCAGUGCCUGCAGAACUCUUUGCCAAAUGUGACCAGUACCUACGCCAUGGCUCUUCUCAGCUUCACUUUCACUUUGGCUAAAAACUUCGAGUUAAGGAAUUCACUCCUGAGAAGCCUCUAUGAGAAAGCGACGAUAACAGAUGAUCAAGUUUACUGGCUUUUGAACCCCAACCAAGCUCCUCCAACCAAAACCUCUCCAUGGGCUCAGCCAAAUUCUCUUCAGGUGGAGGCAGCAUCCUAUGUGAUCCUGUCCCACCUCAGCCUGGAAAACCCCACCAAGAAUGAUAUAUGUAAUGCAUCGAAAAUAGCUUCAUGGCUCAGACAACAACAAAAUCCACAUGGAAGCUUUGGAAGCACCCAGGACACAGUGGUGGCCUUUCACGCUCUUUCCCGAUAUGCUGAAAUUUCAUACACUGGGCAUUUGGGAUUAGAAGUGACAGUGGAGUUGGCAGAAGAAGGAGGAGCCAAACACCAGUUCUGGGUGGAUAACAAGACACGAUUCCUGCUGCAAAAGACACGGCUUGACAAGGUUCCUGGAAAUUACACUACACGGGUGAAGGGCGAAGGCUGCGUGAACCUACAGGUUAUACUGAAAUACAACACAAAGCCUGCUGGGAAAAGCCCGGCCUUCGAACUGAGACUCCGCUCCAGUGAGGACAGCUGCCGGAAUCAAUCUGUAUCCUGCUAUAACCUCACCAUCUGUGUACAGUACACUGGGCAACGUCAGAAAACCAACAUGGUACUGAUUCAAGCGGAUUUGUUGUCUGGCUUCAGUUCCAUUCCAGAGACUAUAAACGAGCUUGAAAACCACCACCUGGUAAAGAAGAUUGAAAUCAAAAUGGAUCAAAUAGUGAUUUAUAUCGAUGAGCUCUCUCAUGAAACUCAAUGUUUCUCCUUCCUGGCAAGGCAAGACGUCCUGGUAGAGAAUCUGGCAUCACAGCUGGUGAAGGUGUACGACUUUUACCAAAGAGAAGAAGAAGUCGAUGCGAUGUACAACCUGCCCAGGCUUUAAGAUGGAGACCUUUCAGGUUUAGUUUCCUGGGAGGAAUGAAUAGUGGGUACCAGCCAGCAUGAAGAGCAAUAACUGGAGGAUGGGGCAAGAUGGUUGAGGAACUGACUGGUGGAGAAACCCUGAGAGGGAAGACAAAGGAUCCAUUGAGUCAAAAUCAUUUUUGUAUUAGGGAAAAAGUGUGUGGAAUUACUGUAAAUUACUGACUAAUAAAAUAUUGUCUUUGUCUACAAUCA